CAACAUCCCCGCUGUAGGGAGACACCAGGAAGGAUGGAAAUAUGCUUUUUCUGUUCAUUAUUUAAUAAGGUUGCCGAAUCUGUAACUACGAUAUAGAAGGAGAUAGUAUAUUUAGGGAAUAGCCUGCGUUUUACUACUAGCUCGCUGCUGCAUGUCUAUUUACAGCAGCUACUAAGCUCUAGUAGGAAUCCAGGGAUGCUGAGGGAGGUUGUUGUUUCCAGCGGGCGCUGCUCAGACAACAAAUAGCAGCUAGUGUGUCUGCGGGCAAAUUUUUGGUAGUUUCCUUUAAUAACGUAUCUUUGGAGGACACAGAAACACGCAGGAUGUAAACGGAGAAACAGCCACAUGUGUACCAUCAAGGAGGGAAGAUGGCACUGGUUGUGGUCUGUGUGUUCCUGUGCCUGUGCUGCUGGGCGUCUUUCUACUUUAUCUUGUGUAAUGUUAACGGGUCGAGGAGCUAUGAAUGGAACUGUCGCCUUGUCACCCUGGUGCACGGCAUCCUGGCAGUCUGCAUCACAGGAUACAUAGGCUACGUGGAUGGACCCUGGCCCUUCACUUAUCCAGGUACUAAGAACACUCCUCUGCAGAUAAGUGCCAUGGUGGUAAGCCUGGGCUACUUUAUUUUUGAUAUGGCCUGGUGCGUGUACUUCCGCACAGAGGGGCCCGUUAUGUUGGCCCACCACACCAUGAGCAUCCUGGGAAUCCUUUUGACCCUCUGGUUGGGGGAGUCUGGCAUCGAGUCCUGCGCUGUCCUCUUUGGCAGUGAGAUCACCAACCCCCUCCUUCAGGCACGCUGGUUCCUCAAACAGACGGGACAUUACGGGACUCGGCUGGGGGACGUCGUGGACGUCCUGUUUGUGCUGCUGUUUGUGGUGAUGCGAGUCUUUGUGGGAGGCACAAUGCUGUAUUGUGAGCUGAUCUCCCCUAGACCCAGAUUCUUUAUCAAGUGUGGGGGAGUAGCCAUGUACGCUCUCUCCUGGGUCUUUAUGGUAGACAUUGUUCGAUUUACUAUACGCAAGAGUAAAACCUGGCAAAAACAGAAGAGAAGCCACCAAGAGACUGUAGCAGCUAAUGGUCAUGAAGGGAAGAAGGACUGAUUGGCUUCAUCAUGUCUGUUUUUCACUUUGGACACCCAAUAAAAAGGAAAAUCAACUUUGUGUAUGUUAACUUAGGAUUAAAAAGGGAUUUUUAAAAGAAAUAAACUAUGGCGUCUCUUUCUAAGGUCCAACACCUUUGCAUUUUGAAAGAAAUUCAUUUUAUACACAGGUGUUGCAGCUAGACAUGUUGGAAUAUUAUGUUAAAGGUGCAGUUAACAAACACAGAUGUAGUUUAUGUCGAUGAAGACCAAAGCACUUUCUAUAAACACAUGAGCAGAUGUUGCAGUGAACUGUGGCCUAGUCAUAUGUGGUGCUGCUGUUCCAACGGGAAGUUCACUAUUAGGAAAGAAUUAGUUUACAUGUAAAGGCUGUGGUCCCUGAGAAACAUUUUAGUCAUAUCAGAAGUGUAGGAUUGGUUUCCUUCUAAGUCUUUUUUAGAGUUUGUGAAACUUUAAGCAGUUUUGAAAGGUAUACUCAGGGAAAUGAAGUAAUGUCAGUAAAUUGGAGUGGAUUCCACAGAAGUGUGUGUGAUGUGUUUCAUUACUUUCCUUAAUCUAGUUUAUAGUAAUUCUUCUAAGCUUUUUUCCUGCUGUCUGAAAUCCUACUCCAGAGCAUGCACCUAAAAACAUUUCAUUUAUUUUACUUCACUUGUGUAAAAGGAUACACAAGAAACCUCUCAGUUACAUAGGUCUACACUGGUGAUGUUAUGAUUUUACGUCCAUUUGGAUAUUUAUGUAAACUAUAAUUACCUUCAGAUGUUUGGUGAAAUGGUCCUCGGGUUUGCACUUUAUAUAGUAUUUUAAGUUAUUUGAAAUGUCUAUUUUCCCCUAUGCCAACUAUGUGAGUGUGGCCCUGUGUGAUUAAUCUUUUAGACAAAAGAUCUGCUGUCUGUACUGAAAGCUCCCAGUUAAUUUAAUUUAAUACAGGAUUUGUUUCAGUCUCACAGAUCUUGUCAGACAUUGUCGAGACUUGACAAUUAAAUUUGUUGUGAGCUAUCUCCACAGUGCGUCUAUCUUUUGUCUGACUUCUGCUUCCGUUUUUUUUUCUUCGAUGCAGCACCUGUAAAUGUUUUUGAGAUACGCUGCUCUAUACUCUGUUUGCCUUAAUCUUUGAGAGAUGCCUCUGCGACUGUCAAGGCCAACUUCACAGGAUAAAGGCAGAUGACUUGAUUUAUAUGGAAGAUGUAAUGACUGAGUGCACUCCAUUGUUCCAUGCCAAGAAAAUUAUGAAACUACCAGAUUUCAUGUUUGUGUUUACUACGAAAUUGUUUUGUCUGUUAUUUAGUUCACAUGUAUUUCUGCCAUAAAAUACAUCAUUUCUAUGUUUCUCAUUUAUAUUUGAUGCGUUAUUCUCAUACAAGGUCUGUUUUCCUGUCUUAGGAAUUUCUGUGUGCAUCACCAUUAUAUCCAAGAAAGUACAACUCUAACUGGCGUGUGCCUUAGUUGUCUGAAUGUACCUUCCUAAUUUUUCUUUUCUCUUGGGCUCUACUGUAAACCCUCCAGCACAAGAGUUGGUGUACUGAAGAACCAUUUUCGGUUUGUGGUUUCAAGAUUCACCUUUGUAAUUCCUGUGUAGAAUGAAAUAAAAAUGUGAUAUGUUA